AUGCCAGGGGCUUAUGUAAAUGCUUUUGACUUUGAGAGUCUUAUGGAGGAGGAUGAGUUCUCUGAUGGUGAGGGUAGCGAGUCUAACGGUCGGAUUCCGGAAGGAUGGGUCACUGUCAAACUGACGAAGGAAACAAAACGACGCAUUAGAGGUCCAUUGUUGAAAGCUAUUAUAGUCAAGCAGGUUGGAAGAACAAUCAGCCUCACUUACAUGUGUACCAAGCUUAACCAAAUGUGGAGACCAUCGACUAGAAUGGAUUGUGUGGAUCUUGGGUAUGGAUUUUUUCUGGUUAGAUUUUUUGCUAAGGAAGAUCUGGAUAAUGUUUUAAGGAGAGGGCCAUGGUUCUUGGGUGACCAUUUUCUUUCUAUUAGACUAUGGGAACCUUUCUUUAAGCCUUCAACAGUGAAUGUCUCCCUAAUUGCGGUUUGGAUUCAUCUAUGUGAACUUCCCUUUAAGCUGUAUGAAGCAGAGGUGCUAAAGCAGAUUAGAGAGUCCAUUGGCAAGGUUCUGAGAAUAGAUUCCCAUACAGCCAUAGAGGCUCGUGGCAAAUACGCUAGAUUGUGCAUUCAAAUUGAUAUUAAUAAACCUUUGGUGAACACCAUCCUUAUUGGAUGA